GGUCAGUCUGUCUAACAUGUCAACAUUACGCUGUAACGCCACGAGCCAUGACUGUGCCACGAGGUUGCACGAGGUGGAGAAAGCGCUUAGUCAGUUGAGUCGUGUACUAAUAACAACUAAUAAUUUACAUAUCUAAUCUUUUUCGAAGUUGUUAGGUCCGUCCUUCGCGGCCGCGUUAUUGCUUUCAAUUUUAAUUAUUAAGACUAAAAGCAUAGAUAAAAGAACAAAAAUUUAAAUUAGAUGCAAUAUAAAAGAGUAAGAAGAGACUAAGAGAUUCAGUCAUCCAAGACCAAACCUACCUGAGUUUGGCGAUUUCACAUAAACAGAUCAGGCGAAGAAUUCCCGUUUACCGUCGUCGUCGUUACCGUUGUCAGACGUCAUUUUCUUGUAUGCAAGGAACAGCGAGUGGUGGAGCACUCUUACGAUUGGUCGUUUGUUCGAGGAGUCGGACGACAUAGCUCUUAACAUGGGGAUGGUGACGCUCGCAUUGGUAUCCCGACGUGUUCUCUCGACAUGUAACGUUACAUGUCGCUACUUGACAGGCGCUCAGCUGGCAGCAGUCCGUCAGGAAACGUACAGGAAUCUCAAUGGUGUGGCUACACGCAAAGUGGCAACAAUUAUGAAUGAUUAUGAAGUGGAUGUAGCGCCGUUGCAGAGGGCUUCUCUGAAAGAGAAAUGUAUCCUCGUGGACAAGCAGGACAGACCUGUUGGUGAAGCGACCAAAAAAUUCUGCCACGAGAUUGACAAGGAGGGAUGUGUGCCGCUCCAUAGAGCAUUCAGUGUUUUUCUAUUUAAUAGCAAGGGGGAUUUGUUACUCCAGAAACGAUCGAGCGUUAAGAUAACUUUCCCAGAUUGCUUUACGAAUACGUGCUGCAGUCAUCCAUUAGCAGAGAUUCCUGAAGAAAUGGAAGAAAAAGAUGCUUUAGGUGUAAAACGAGCCGCGAUAAGAAGGCUCAAUUAUGAACUGGGGAUACCUACCAAUGAGGUCAAACCUUCCGAUUUAUUUUAUCUGACAAGAAUUCGUUACCAGGAUGCUAGUUGCGAUCGCUGGGGUGAACAUGAGAUCGAUUAUAUACUAUUUCUGCAACGAGAUAAUAUCACCAUAAAUCCUAAUCCCGACGAAAUAAGCGAGAUUCGAUGGAUACCACGAUCGGAAAUUGAGAAAUUUAUGAAGAGCGCGCCACAACUAACACCGUGGUUUAAUCUGAUUUACAAAUUCAAAUUACUGCAUUGGUGGGACAAUCUACAUACUUUAAGUAAAAUGCAAGAUCAUAAAAGUAUACCUAUGUUGAUGAAUUAAUGUGUUAUAUACAUGUAUAGAUAUUGUCACCAAAGAGAAAUUUGUCUAAAUGCAUGUUAUAACAAGUUUUCUAUUUCAGGAAUCGUUUUAGAGAUUUAGUCAAUAUGCAUUUAAACAAGUUUUAUGAAAUGAUAAUAAUUUAUAUUACUGGAAACGAAAAAUUAUUAGUUUUAGUUUAUAAGCUUUGUUCAUGUUUGUAUCUAUCUAUAUUUUUGUUAAUAUAAAUAUUAUACAAUUAAAUAGAGACGGGCAUAGAAAGACGAUUAUAACUUAUUGCGUUUUUAUUGUCAAAUAUUUUACACAUAGGGCAAGAUGGUAUAAUUUUGAACUCUUGAUAUGUAUUCCAUUUUUAACUCAAAUAUUUAAGUGGAAUUAGAAAAUUUGCUGUUUGAAAUUUGCUGUUCGAAAAUGUACCACAAUAAGAAUUUCUCAGCGUGACAUUAUAAUUGUUUUUCCAAUAAACCAUUUUUUAGCGUAUAUAUUUGGUAAUAACAGAAGGAAA